UUGGUCAACAGAAUGAAAAAGUAGAGAGUGAUCUGCAAAUAGAAAUAAAUAAGACGCUCUCUUUCUCUAUUUUUUCUCUUUUUCUUUACCCCACAAUCAACGGUUCAAACUCAACGUCUCUCUCUCACUACACCAUACUGUUAUAUUCGUCUAUAACAAUUCUAAGUUUUCUAAGUUCUGUUGCACUUUUCCGAGACUCUGUUUCCUUAUUCUUCUCACAUCAACCAAAACAAACCUCAACGACGACAAGCCUUCUUCCAUUUUUAGCCACACCCCUCUCAACCAAAAGACACGUUCCUAGGUACCAGGAAACAAACAUUAUCAGCCAACGUUAUUUUUUGUUUUUUUUAUUUCUCUACUUUCGUUACGAAAGAGCUCUAACUAUAGGCAAAGAAAACGGGAAUGAGGUUAAGAUGAUUUGGAGCAUUAAUAAGCCAUAAAAGCCUCCCUAUUUUCCGUUCCACAACUCGUUUCUCCUUCGUAUUCUCCCUCCUUCACUCCCUCCUCUGUUUCACUCUCCCCUGUUUUCUUUUAUUUUCUGUCUUUUUCUGUGUUUCGGCAAAACGAGAAGAGACUUGUAAGGUUGCAAUGUCUCCAAUAUCUCCACCCGUUUCCCUCAAAUGGGUUACCUUGUUUCAACGUUCACACGCUCCUUCGUAAAGGUUUCCACAAACCAAGACAAAACAACAACGGACACAUGGCAUCUUCCGAGGUUGAGAUUGCUUCUUCCUCGCCCUUCGGUUCCGUUCUUAGAGACCGCAACCACCGCGAAGAAUGCAGGGAAAGCAACGCCAAGGGCACGCAUAAUCAUCAUGCCAAGUUACAAAGAAACAAAAAGAACUUUGUCACGGACAUUAACACGUGCCGGGGGGUGUCUUCUGAUUCCGCAACAAACGAAAACAACAGCGGCGGCAGCACGAACAAAGGCGUUAACCAGCGUAAGGCUCCCAAAAACAGUCGCUUGGAGAAACUUCGUUUCACACGAGCCAACUCCUUCAAUGACAACGGCAGCAGCAACAACAACAACAAAAAGGAGACCUCUUUGUCCAUGUUGAUCAGCCCCAGACACUCACAGCUUCUCGAUCGAUGGGCAGCGAGACAGGCUCGGGAGAUGGUGUCGAAUUUGGAAAAUGGGGCUGAACUGUUGUCAAUGGAUGACGUUGACAUUUUCCCAAGGACACCCAGUUCGACAUCUGAGGAAGAAUCGUGCUCCUUGGAGAUCCCUAAUAUGGCUGCCUCUUCUCUUGUUCAGAUAUGGGAGAAGAGACUGAAACAAUCGGGUGUCUCCAAAACGAACACAUCGUCUGAGAAGAUUGGUUCGUCCUCUUCUCCCACGAAUGAGAAUGCUAAUGCUUCAUUCCCCGAGGAAGAAUGCUUUGAUGGACCCUCAGGGAAUGAAGAAAGUUCCUUUCAGUCCUCAAUUCCUGAGUGGGAAUCGAGUGACCAUUCCAUUUCGCCACAAGCCAGGUCUGAGAGUGGUGUCAGUGUUGCUAGCAUCAUAAAGAAACUCACUUCUACCAGCCAGAAUCAGAGUCCAACAGCUUCCUUUGUUGAUGAGAAUGACCAAGAAGGGUAUUUUAGUAGUAGUGUGACAGGUUCUCCUUGUAGAGAGCGUGAAUGUGGUCAACAACAACCACCUUCGGAGCAUAAAUUGGUGUGUCCCCUGCGAAUUAGAGGGCGUCAGGCAUUCAAUGAUUUGCUUAUGCAGAUGGAGAAUGACAGGCUCAGGGAGCUCAACAACUUGUCAGAGCGUGGAACCGUGUCUAAGUUCGCACAAAGAGGUCGCAUUCAGGCAUUGCUUCGGAUUAAAUUAUUGCAACGUGAUCUGGUGGCUAAUGAUCGCUCCCGGCAGAAUUCAACAUCAUGUGAAGUAAACAACAGACAUUCACAAGGGUCUGCAAUUAUGCAAUUAAG